CAUGAAUUGCUGCUCUCGCCCGCCCUGGGGAACCUGGCAGCGAGCCCUCCCUUCCCCCGCCCUCCCGGGGGAAGUGAGGAAGGAAGAGGGUGGGAGGGCUGUUGUUUGUGGUGAACAGUUUCUCGGUCUCUCGCCCCGCCGUGCUCGGGUUGAGUCAAACCCUUAAUCGCUUAGGUCAGGCGCGAUCCUUUCGUGUGACCUCAUCCACGAUCUUGUGUUCCCCCAACGUGGUGUGGUGUUUUCGGGACUCAGUUUUUCAUUUCGAGGUCCCUGCCUCCCACGUGAGGGCCUGUUUAAAAUUUUUGCUGCUCCUGCGUUUGUUUACCGCAUAUAAUAUCAGCGUUUGUAGGAUUUGUCUGACUCUGUUCCUGUAAUAUCUGCCUAUGAGGCUUCAAAAUAAAUAGAGAAGCAAGUACAUAAGUUACAGGUGAAACCAGAACCACUAGGCAAAUUUUUAUAAAGUCAUCUCUAACUAAAAUAGUGUUCCCUCAAGAAAACUUCUAAGUUACUGAAGGAACAACUUUGAGGAGCGAAACAAGGCUUAAGGUUGAUACAGGCACACAGAUGGCAGAUAACAGUAAAACAGAAGACACUGCUUCAGAUUCUGUGGAGGCUGCUAAAAAUGCAAGUGACAAAAAAGAAAAGCUAGCAGACCAAGUGAUGCAGAAUCCACAGGUCCUGGCAGCUCUACAGGAACGUCUUGACAACACAGCACUUACUCCUUCGAGUUACAUUGAAACUUUACCAAAAGCAGUGAAAAGAAGAAUUGAUGCCUUGAAACAGCUCCAGGUGAAAUGUGCCCAUAUAGAAGCUAAAUUCUAUGAAGAAGUACAUGAUUUAGAGAGAAAAUAUGCAGCACUCUAUCAACCCCUUUUUGAUAAGAGAAGAGAGUUUAUUAAUGGGGAAGCUGAACCCACAGAUGCAGAAUCAGAAUGGCACAGUGAAAAUGAGGAAGAAGAAAAACUAGCUGGAGACCUGAAAAAUGUAGUGGUAAUAGAAGAAAAAGCGGAAGCAGAAGAGACAAAUGUCAAAGGAAUUCCAGACUUUUGGUUUACUAUCUUUAGGAACGUAGAUAUGCUAAGUGAAUUAGUACAAGAAUAUGAUGAACCAAUCUUGAAACAUCUGCAGGAUAUUAAAGUUAAGUUUUCUGAACCUGGACAGCCUAUGUCUUUCUCAUUAGAGUUCCACUUUGGGCCCAAUGACUACUUUUCUAAUUCAGUCCUGAUGAAAACAUACAAGAUGAAGUCGGAGCCAGACAAGACAGAUCCCUUUUCAUUUGAAGGACCUGAAAUAGUUGAUUGUGAGGGGUGUACUAUUGACUGGAAGAAAGGAAAAAAUGUUACAGUUAAAACAAUCAAGAAAAAACAGAAACACAAGGGUCGAGGCACAGUUCGGACAAUUACUAAACAAGUACCUAAUGAUUCUUUUUUUAACUUCUUCAGCCCAAUAAAGGUGUCUGGUGAUGGAGAGUCAUUGGAUGAAGAUUCAGAGUUUACUUUAGCAGCAGAUUUUGAAAUUGGACACUUCUUCCGUGAAAGGAUAGUCCCUCGUGCUGUGCUUUAUUUCACUGGGGAAGCCAUAGAGGAUGAUGAUAACUUUGAAGAAGGUGAAGAAGGUGAAGAGGAGGAGUUGGAGGGGGAAGAGGAGGGAGAAGAGGAGGAAGACGCAGAGAGUGAUCCUAAGAAAGAUUCCAGCCAGCCUGCUGAAUGCAAACAACAGUAAUAAGGAAAUACCACUUGGAAGUGAUAUUUGAACAACUUGUAACAAAUACUUGGAUACCUGGCCUGCAGUUCAGGAUAUUCCAUCGCUGCAGCACAAUCUUAUUAACAAUGCUUAAAAUUAAUUUGUUUUAAAAUGCAUGAUUUUCACUAACUUUUCUUUAUUGCUUAACAUGUACAGUGGCAACUUCAAUGCAUUUGGGAAAUAAGAGGUUUAAAUAAAGCACACUCUACAGCCGUUGGUACACUGUAGCGAAGUAUGUCAAUAGGCCUUUAGAGCCUUUUGUCCUAUGCAUAGGGGAAUAGUCCAGACUACCAAGCGAGGAUUAUCCAUUUUCUUGUGAAACAUUCAAAAUUGUGGAAUAUCAAUGUGCUGAGAAGCUAAAGUAAAUGGAUUACAUGUACGGUAGCUGAAACGGAUAGAGCAAUAUGACUUUUUUGCUAGUUCCCUCCCCCCUUUUUUAAUGUUUCUUGCAACCUACAAAUUUGAACUAGUGCUUGAGCAGCUUUAAAUGUCAUAUUUAUUAUCUCGGUAAAAACAAUUGAAUUGAAGUAAUUUUACUUCAUUGAAGGGGGUGUCAUAUUUGAAACUUAGUUGUUCAUCUUACUAUUUAUUUAUUCAUGUUUGUAAGUACUUGGACAGAAUUAGUGCUUUUUAAUAGUUUUUAAUAUACUUGAAAAAUCUUUUUCCUCUUUUGCAUACAAUAUGGGUACUUGUAAAACACAUCAUUUGAAUUGGUCUCACUGUAGUAGUCUAGACAGAAGAAACGAACUUGCAUCAAAAUGAGAACUCUUCUGGAUGAAGAUCAAAACACAAAGGCCAAACUGUUGCUGUUGAUGGAAGUGGGUUGCAGCCAAAGAACCAGAACAUUUCCAUUAGUCUUAUUGCUUGGUGUCCAGCAUGGAAGGACCUUUCACUAUGAACACGGAAACUUAUCAAAAUUCAAUAAAUCUGAAGUUUUGGUGUCUUACCUGCAACACUGAAAUUAUUCCAUUCCACAAUUUUAUUUAAAGCUCUGAAGUCUUCAAAACUACCUUUUGUUGUGUGGCACUUCAGGUACACGUUUCUAGUUUCAACACCCAUUGCCAACCUCUGGCAGCAGUUGAAUAGCAGCUGUAUCAACACUGUGACCAGGCAUGUAGAGUGCUCCAGCCUUACCUUACACAUUUGUAACUUAAUACAGUGUUUUCAAUUUGUACAGAAUAGAUAGAAUAUUCUAUUAAAGUUGUGAAACAUGA